AUGUCUGUCUGCGAAAAGUACUACCCUUCCGAGCCCUCAAAGCCUUCCGUCGUGACGUCGUCGAUUCCCGGUCCCGAGUCGCAACGGGCUCUGCAAAAGUUGGGUCAAGUGUUUGACGCAAGACCUGCUUAUUUUAUGGGAGACUACGAAAAGUCCUUGGGCAAUUAUCUUGUGGACGCUGACGGUAACACAUUUUUGGAUCUAUAUGCGCAGAUUUCGUCUAUCGCAUUGGGUUACAACAACCCAGCUUUGAUAAAAGCUGCCCAGUCUCCUGAGAUGAUCCGUGCCCUUGUUGACCGUCCUGCGCUGGGUAACUUUCCUUCGAAAGACCUGGAAGGCAUUUUGUCGAAAAUCCUCAAGUUUGCCCCAAAGGGCCAAACUCACAUCUGGUCCGGCCUUUCUGGUGCGGACGCUAAUGAAUUGGCGUUCAAAGCCGCUUUCAUGUACUACCGCUCGAAGGCGAGAGGCUACGAAACGCCCUUUUCUGCAGAAGAGAACAAGACCGUCAUGGAGAACUCUACGCCCGGGUCCCCAGAUCUUGCUGUCUUGUCCUUCAAGAGAGCUUUCCAUGGCCGUCUCUUCGCGUCUGGCUCUGUUACAUGCUCCAAGCCUAUCCACAAGCUAGACUUCCCAGCUUUCGACUGGCCUCACGCCGAGUACCCAAGCUACCAAUACCCUCUCGCUGAUAACGAGACGGCCAACCGCACAGAAGACGAUCGUUGCUUGAAGAUCGUUGAAGAUAUAAUCUCUUCGUGGCCAAUUCCUGUUGCCGCGCUCAUCAUCGAACCAAUUCAGUCCGAAGGCGGUGACAACCACGCUUCAAAGUACUUUUUGCAAUCCCUCAGAGACAUUACUACCAAGCAUGGUGUGGUUUACAUCAUCGACGAAGUCCAAACCGGUGUCGGUGCUACGGGUAAGAUGUGGUGCCACGAAUGGGCCGAAUUACAACCUCCAGCUGAUUUAGUCACUUUCUCGAAGAAAUUUCAAAGUGCUGGCUACUUCUUCCACGACCCUAAAUUCAUUCCAAACCAGCCUUACAGACAGUUCAACACCUGGUGCGGAGACCCAGCCAGAAUGAUCAUUGCCGGCGCCAUUGGCCAAGAAGUUGCCGAUAACAAAUUAGUCGAACAAUGCGCCCGCGUUGGUGACUACCUCUUUGAAAAGCUAGAGAAACUACAGUCACAGUAUCCAGACAAAUUCCAAAACCUGAGAGGCAAACAUAGAGGUACUUUCAUUGCCUGGGACCUGCCCAGUCCAGCGGAGCGUGAUGCCUUUCUCAAACAUUUGAAAUUGGCUGGUUGCAACGUUGGUGGAUGUUCGACUCACAGUGUCAGACUGAGACCUUCUUUGACUUUCGACGAGAAACAUGCCGACAUUUUCGUAAACGCAUUGACCAACGUUGUUUCAAAGCUUUGA